CUUCCUUGUGAUACUCCUCUCCGCUCUCCCACGCUCCUUCCGCAGGAAGCUUCUCGAAGCCUAGGGUUUCGCGCUCCCUUCCUCCCAUCCCAUGGCGGACAUCGAGGCGGCGCUGCCUCCGCCGCCGCCCCAGCAGGCGCCGCCGCAGCCACCGAGGUGGGCCUCCGCGGCGGCGGCCCUGCGCGGGGUCGCUGACGUCCUGGUGUACAGCUACGUCACCGCGAUGUGGGUGAACGCCGCCGUCUUCUCUCGCUGGGCCUGCGGCGAGGACUCCCCGGCUGCGGCCGUUACCAUGGACUCAUGGAGGUCUCCAUGGCCACCGUUCUGGCCAUGGGGGAGCUCACGCCGUUCGCGUCGCCUGUUCUGCUGAGCCGCCUGCUUGAGCGUCCCGAGGCCGCCCGUGAGGAGGGUGGUGCCCGUGGUGGUGGUGGCGGAGGCGGCGCCAAGGCGCAUCUGAGUCGCCGUGACAGUAGCGGGGGAGCACGCGGCCGUCAGGACGGAGGCUUUGUUGGACGCGUCGUCGUUCUCUUCAUGGUGUUCGCUUGCUGCGUUGCGUUCGUCUGUGUGAUGCUGCGGGAUUUCGCGCCGGAGAAGGGGUCCUGCCAAGAGUGGGUUGGUUCCAUUCUUGCUUACAUCGGAGUCUUCGCUGGCUCUGCGAUGGUAUGCUUCGUCGCUGCUCCCAACUUGCUGAACUUCGUGACGAGGGGGAUUCAUGGCGGAGGUGAAGGGCGGAAUCAUUGAUUUCUGAGUUCUGGAAUACAUGCUGUUUUGUAGUACAAAGUGAUUUGAGUUGUAACAUGGGAAAUCUGAUGUGCGACUGCAAGCUCCCCGAGACUCCGAGUAACAGGAUGUGAAGUCACUGUGAUGCUACUACUUGUUGCAGUUUACCUCUUCACGAACUUCAGUUUUGAAUUUUUGGAACGUGAACACGGAAUGCUGCGUUUGUCCCCAUGUCUUUAUACCCUUCCGAAUUACUGAUAUGCUUAUAUGGCUGAUACUGCCGCAACGGCAACAUGUUUUUUUCCCCUGCUGUAAUGGUUUGAUAACCGCUGUUUAUCUUGGUUGAUUGAUUACACUAAUGUGUUCCUUAGCUCAUGUCAGCACAGCAACUACCUGUAACCUGUCACUGGAUUAUGAUCUGCUCUACAGAAUGUAUUUUUUAGAUAA